AUGGCCGAAUCACUAGCAGCAUUCCGUGACCGCCAGUCCAAAGACCUGCAGAAAUUGGCUGAGGAGCACUUGCAGCAUGAUCUCCAACAGCAAGAUCGCGACAUACUUAAAAGUGCGGCGGGAAAGGUAACAAGAAACACAACCAUCGGGUCAGCAUUAGGCCUUGGUCUUGGCAUUUACACGGCAUUCCGUCUACGGGCAAUGCGGCUGGCUUACUUCAAAGCGUUCCGUGCCAUGGAAAAGCCUGUAGAAGUGCGUUUCGCCGACGGGCGCACCGAGAAGGUCCCCGACAUCACGGCACAAAUCAGCGGCCCGUCGCGCUGGGGCGAUGCAGCGGCUUACUUCUUCUUCUCGGUUGCUGGCUUGUUUCUUGGGGGUGAGCUAGGGCUGCUGACAGGAACAGCGAGCGCAUCAAGGGUUAUUACAAAGGAUCCAGAGAGUAGGGGGAGGAUCGAAAAGGCAUUCAAGAAUUACAGAAUCGAUGUGCUACAGAGGGAGAUUCAGGUGCUACGAGGCAAGAGUAGGUUUGAGGAGUUUUUCCGCAGUGGAGGAGCUGGGGCGGGAGAAUGA